AGACAUCAUCUCUUGGGAAGACCAGACAAAUCGCAUAUCAGAAGAUUGACGGCAUUCGUAGUCCAGGAAUCAUAUAUAUCCCGGGUUUCAUGUCUCAUAAGGCUGCUACAAAAGCAAAUAUGCUACACAUGUUUUGCCAGGAGUAUGGUUUCCCAUAUAUCAGGUACGAUCCUAGUGGCUUGGGCGAGACAAAAGGAGUGAAGCAGACAGAGACAAGUUUAACUGUAUGGUUGGAAGAUGCUGCCCAAGUGCUCUCCAAUUUAACAGAUGGACCACAGCUUGUUGUUGCUUCAUCCAUGGGUGGCUGGAUAUCAUCGAUCCUAGCAAAAAGGUAUCCUGAGAAAUUCAGCAGUUUGCUUAUGUUAGCUCCAGCCAUUAACUUUGGAAGGAAGUACAUGCAGGUCCUCCUGUCUCAGUUGCCUCCUGGACUAGUAAAGAAAUUUGAAGCAGAUGAAGUUGUGAAGCUUUUUGUACCUGAGUAUGGCGAGUUCCCCCUAAGGAAGAGCAUGUUUGAAGACAUGAAGAAAUAUGAGUUAAGCAUGGAGGCCGGCAGUAUUCCAGUACAGUGCCCAACUAGAAUUAUUCAUGGUGUAAAGGACAAGGAUGUACCAUACAAAGAAUCCCUUCAAUUGCUUGGAGCCUUGCAAACAAAUGAUGUUCAGCUGCUGUAUGUCAAGCAUGGUGGGCACCAACUCUCCGACAGUGCCAGCCUUGAAAUAAUCUGUGACACUAUUCUUAAAAUGACUGCCCCAAAACAUAAAAAAGAAUGAGUUUAAUAGGGGUAGAGACACAAAACUUGUUUUUUUUCCAGAUGAUGUAUUAAGUUUUAUAUAUUUUAUUAAUGAUAGCAUGCACGCAAAUGACUCAAAGAUAAUGUAUGUGUGUAUAUGUACAUAUAUAAGUAGUCUAUAUCAAUGCAAUUAGUAAGUAAGAGCAGCUAUGGUGACAAAUUUUAUAUGAAGGUAAUUUUAGUUUAGGAUCAAUGGAUAAUUUUAUUUUUUAUUUUUUAUAACACAAAGUGUUUCCUAAUCAAUAAUGAAUAGUAAGUCUUUAGCAACAGUUCUUCAUACUUAUGCAGAUGUUUGCAACCUUAAAGUUACUGAGAAUUUAUCUUAAAUAAGUGAAAUUCUUCAGAUUUCUUUAAAUUUAUUGUGUAAUUGUCUUUCAUUUUUCUUAUAUAUGCAUUUAGGUCCAACCUCUAGUCUCACUUAAUUGGUGAUCAUUAUUUUUAAAUCCAAAAGUAGUUAUGGCACCUAUCAUCUUAUAGUUGGAAAUAUUUAACAGCAGAUGCAUGUCACAGCCAGAAUUUUCUGAUAUUUUCUGCACUAUUCAUUAUAUCCUGUGUCUUCCUAUUUUUAUCUUAAUGUUAGAUUUAAUCUAAUUUUGCCAUAAUAAUGUUAGUUGUUUUGUUAGCAUUACUGACUGUAUUGUUAUUUUAGUCCUUGUAUGGCUACAGACUCAAAUCAUACAAAACAACUAAAGAAAUAACAAAUCAGAUAUCAUGUCAUCAUCUUUUCCUUUUCAUAUUAGCAUCAUGUUUCAGAAAUAGUUGACCAAAAAUUCAUGUGUGAUUUAUAAAUAUGCAAAGGUCAUAUCAUAAUUCUUGUAUAGAGGUAUUUAUCUAUUUAUAAAUAAUUUUAUAACAGAUCUAAAGGUAUAUCACAGUAUUUAUAAAUACUGUAUAAUUUUGGGUAAUGUGUAUUCUGAAUUCAUCAAGGUAAUUAUAAUGUUUUAAUGUAACAUUUUUCAUCAGUCAUAUUAACCCAUACGCCACGGUUGGCAAGAAUAGAUGCCAUACCCACUUUGAUACACGUUUAUUUAUUGUAUUUACACCUAGAUGGCUCUAUAAGUUCUUAAUCACCAAAUAGCCAGUUAUCAAGAACUACCUAUUUCACCUGUUUAGCCUUUUCCUUCACUUUCGGAAAGGGUUUUUUGUAUCAUCUUAUUGUCAUAAAUAUUCUAAUGACAAUUCAAUCAUCAUAACAUCAGUACCAAUAAUAACAGCAUCGAAAGCAAUGAUAUUAAUUUUCCCGCCAAUUCAAUGAAUGGGAAAAUCAGGGUCGGUAACUAGGGCCUACUGAUAGACUCCUUGCCGGCUGAGUACAUGUGGAGCCAUCUGUAGGUAGCAAAAUUCACCAAAACCAACAGGGGACAGAACAUAAAUCCAUGGCGAAUGGGUUAAAGUAGAUUUUUCAAAAUUUUAAUGCACUCUCAAGUUGAGAGGAUUAAUAUGUAUUUGAAGAAAAUAAAAAUGGGAAUAAAUGUUUGCAUGUCAUUUGCUUCAAAGUAAUCAUAAAUUUCUAUUUGGAAUAAUAACCAUUAUUUUACUGCUCUUUUUAAAGAUGGAAGAGGGAAGAUGGUACACACAUAAAAUUUUUAAUACUAUAGUUAACAAAUCGAGACAUUAAUCACCCACAAUUUUUUUCAUUUCUUUUACAUAAAGCAGUUCCUCCUAUUUUUCUGCAUUUUUUAAUAAGUCAAUUGAUUUACUGUUUUUGCUCUACUUUGGAAUCU